GCGUGUGUGGUGGUCAGUCUGGUGGUGGAGAGAGCCCUGUUGACAUCUGGAAGUGAAGAAAGAGUGACGAUGGUACCUCUACGUCUCGUACUACUGUUGGUAGCGGUGGGUCUGCCUACCUCGCUGGCUACGGGAGGUUGCAGGUCGCCCUUCCUGCCUUACCUCAAUCAGUACUGUCUCCACACCGUCAUCUUCUACAAACUGGACGGUACCGGCAAGCCCUUGAAGUGGUCUGAGGCCCAACACCACUGUAAGACACUUGGGGGUUCCUUAGCUAUCCUGGAUCGCCCUGAGAAGCUGGAAUAUGUCUCGGGUUUGUUGGACUCCUCACAUCCAGCCGAGACCAAAGCCGGUUACAUCUAUUGGCUGGGAGGGGUCCGGCAUGGGACUUCCAGCGCCUGGAAGUGGGGUGACAACACCGUCAUCAGCCUCACAUCAAACCUGUGGUCUCCAAGCAACCCAUCCAAGACCCCAGGCACUCGUUACGUGAUGUUAGUUCCUGUCGAUCAGGUCCACGGUCGUCGUUUCCUGGUGGAUUACUCUGAGGAUCAAACAGCUCCUGCCUUCAUCUGUGAGAGUAAACUUACCUGAAGGAUCCCUGUGUAGCCCCUGGAGGACGACUAGGAGUUUCUGGUAGCCUAAUGGGGGAGACGGGGUGUUAAUGGAAGAAUACCUAGGGAUUACCUGUGGAUUUUUUGAUACCUGGGAUGUACUUUUGGGGUAUGAAGGAGAAGUAAACACACACACGAGACAUAAACACACACACGAGACAUAAACACACACACGAGACAUAAACACACACGAGACAUAUACACACACACACGACAGACAAACAGACACUGAAACACAUAUUAUUCAGCUUACCUUUUGUUAUUGUUAUUCUAGGAGGUAAUUAAUAUUGCUGUUAUGGUUACAAUAUGUCUAACGUGUUAUGUUAUGAUGAAAUAAAAAUGCCAUAUAACCAUC